CACAGAGCGUAUUGGAGGGGGCGUCCUUUGUGCCAUUGUUCCUUCAAGUAAAAAACGUGAAAUCCGAUAAAUGGACCGUGGUUCCAAGCGCCGGCAGGUCAAGCCUCUGGCUGCCUCCCUCCUGGACGCCCUGGACUACGACAGCUCUGAUGACAGCGACUUCGAAGUGGGAGAUGCCUCAGGGUCAGAGGGCAGCGGGAACGGCAGCGAUGAGGACGGGUCGAAGGAGAGCGCCGCCAGCUCGGAGAAUGAGUCGGACGCCGCGGGCUCGGCGGACGAGGAGGCUGUGGCGGACGAGGAGGCGAAGGAGCUGAGUGCCGAGGAGGCGCCGGCCGAGGAGAAGGAGGAGAGCAAUGCCAAGGAACCUCCCGAGAAGGGCGGGAAGGAGGAGGCUGUGGCCACCAGGGGCAGGAGGAGGAGCGAGAAGCUGGCGGAGCCUGAGGCCGGAGGGAGUGGCGGGAGUGGCGGUGGCGCCGCGCCAGCAGAGGAAGGCGCCGGCGAGCCCAAAAAGUGGAACCUGCGGCGGAACCGGCCCAUGCUGGACUUCACCACCAUGGAGGAGCUGAACGAGAUGGACGACUACGACAGCGAGGACGACAACGACUGGAGGCCCGCCGCCGGGAAGAAGAAGGGCAAGGCCGCCGCGCAGAAGGGAGGGAGCGAGGAAGAGGAGGAGGAAGAGGAGGGAAGCGGCAGCGAGGAGGAGGACGACAACGAGGAGGAGAGCAGCAGCAGCAGCGAGAAGGAGGAGAAGAAGCCAAAACGCAAAGCCGCCAAGAACGUCAGCACGUAUGACGAGGAGCUGACCAAUGACAGCCUCAGCCUGUCUCAGGGCAAGAGCAACGAGGAUCCCUUGCUGCCGGACAGAGCGCAGACCUGGAGCUCGCAGAAGAUGGAGCACAUCCUGAUCUGCUGCGUGUGCCUGGGAGACAACAGCGAGGACGCCGACGAGAUCAUCCAGUGUGACAACUGUGGCGUCACCGUGCACGAAGGUUGCUAUGGUGUGGAUGGUGAGAGCGACUCCAUCAUGAGCUCGGCGUCGGAGAACUCGACGGAACCCUGGUUCUGCGACGCCUGUAAGAACGGGAUCAAGCCCAGCUGCGAGCUGUGCCCGAGUCAGGACGGCAUCUUCAAGGAGACCGACGCCGGCAGGUGGGUCCAUGUGGUGUGCGCGCUGUACGUCCCGGGAGUGGCGUUUGGAGACAUCGACAAGCUCCGCCCGGUGACACUCACAGAGAUGAACUACUCCAAGUACGGUGCCAAGGAGUGCAGCUUCUGUGAGGACGCCCGAUUCGCCCGCACGGGCGUGUGCAUCAGCUGCGACGCCGGCAUGUGCCGCUCCUACUUCCACGUCACCUGCGCCCAGAGGGAGGGGCUGCUGUCUGAGGCCGCCGCAGAGGAGGACAUAGCGGACCCGUUCUUCGCCUACUGCAAGCAGCACGCGGACCGCUUCGACAGGAAGUGGAAGAGGAAGAACUACCUGGCGCUGCAGUCGUACUGCAAGAUGUCUCUGCAGGAGCGGGAGAAGCAGCUGACUCCCGAGGCACAGGCCCGGAUCUCCACCCGUCUGCAGCAGUACCGGGCGAAGGCGGAGCUGUCCCGCAACACGCGGCCGCAGGCCUGGGUGCCCCGCGAGAAACUGCCCCGCCCCCUCACCUCCAGCGCCUCGGCCAUCCGCAAGCUGAUGCGCAAGGCGGAACUCAUGGGCAUCAGCACCGACAUCUUCCCCGUCGACACGUCAGACACCAGCGCCAGCGUGGACGGCCGCCGCAAGCACAAGCAGCCCGCCCUCACCGCCGACUUCGUCAACUACUACCUGGAGCGGAACAUGCGGAUGGUUCAGAUCCAGGGGAACAUCUCUGAGCAGAAGAACCUGAAGGACAAGCUGGAGACGGAGCAGGAGAAGCUGCACGUGGAGUACAACACGCUGUGCGAGUCUCUGGAGGACCUGCAGAAUGUGAAUGGGGUGCUGAGGAGUGAGGGCCAGUCCAUCUGGACCCUGAUGGGAGGCAUUGUGGGACAGAAGCUGAACUCUCCACCCUUUCUGAAAGCCCCCAAGGAGAGGAAGCCCAGCAAGAAAGAGGGCGGGGCCCCGGGGAAAUCAUCCAGCCUACCAGCUGUUCUCUACAGCUGUGGGAUCUGUAAGAAGAACCAGGACCAGCACCUUCUGCUGCUGUGUGACACCUGCAAGCUCUACUACCACCUGGGCUGCCUGGACCCGCCCCUCACACGCAUGCCCAAGAAGACGAAGAACAGCUACUGGCAGUGCUCGGAGUGUGACCAGGCGAGCAGCGAUGAGGCCGACAUCGCCAUGGAGACGCUCCCAGACGGCACCAAGAGGUCCCGGAGGCAGAUAAAGGGGCCAAUCAAAUUCAUUCCGCAGGACGUCUCACCUGAACCCAAGAAGAUGCAAAUGAGGAGCACGAGAACCAGAGGCCAGAAAAGAAAGCGUGUCUCCAUCUGUGAGGAGGAGAAGGAGGAACCGCCUCUGCGGGAGCGGAGGCAGCGGCAGUCAGCCAUGCAGAAGAAGCCGAAAGCCGACGACACCAGGACCGAGUGCGCAACCUGCAAGGGCCCCGGGGACAACGAGAACCUGGUCAGGUGUGAUGAGUGCCGCCUCUGCUACCACUUCGGAUGCCUGGACCCCCCCCUGAAGAAGUCCCCCAAACAGACGGGCUACGGCUGGAUCUGCCAGGAGUGUGACACCUCCUCCUCCAAGGUGGGACUGGAUGACGAGGAAGAAGGACGCGAAGAAGAGGAGGAGUCCGUGAAAGAGGAGGCGGCGGAGCAGGAGAUCCCGAACUGAACAGAUUUUCCCGCCAUCGGAUACUUUUUGUGAACCCACGUGGAGUCGGUGAUAUCAUCUCCGUCUGAGGCCGGUUAUUGGGCGCUGUUAUCUCAUGCCCCCCAGCUUCAUCUGAAAGGUAACAUAAGUGGCGAUUGUCGUUAUUAUAAUAUCAUCGGAUAUGUGACCACCUUAUCGUCUCACAUUAGUAGUCACUUUAACUAGCAUGUGAAGUGUCCGGACACCGAUUACGCGUUCGAAAUGGGAGAAUGGCGAAACGGAUUUUCUGAUUGAGGUGCUUCCUGUGUGAUCUCCACGGCAGAGAGACUAUGCAUUACAGAGCCGAUGUUUACUUCUGCACUGUAUGGUGGCAGGCGUAUAAAUAUAGAAAUAUAUUUUUUUUCUCAAAGUAAAUACGGCG